GCGGUCGGAGCAGGCGGGCGGCCGGGAGGCGGAGGACUGAGGACGCCGAGCCCGGCCUCCCCCGUGCCCCGGCCCGGCGCCCCGCCAGCCGGGCCUCCCCCAGUCCCGGCCCGGCCGCCCCAUGCUUGGCCCGACACAUCCACUCUCCGGGCCCCUGGCCGGCCUCGCCCAGCCACGGCCACCCCGGGACCGAGCCUCGGGGUCUGCGUCCCCCGGCGGUCCGGUCGUCCGGAGUAAGCGUCCUUCCGCCCCGGGGCCCCUGCGCCGCGCGCUGGGCCAGCCGUGCCCGCGAGCCCGGCGCUGCGCCUGCACCUGCGCGGCCGGCAGCCCCGGCGCCACGGCGAGUGUCCCAGGCGCUGAGCUGCGGGGCGCGGGGGCGCUCAGGGCUCGCGACGCGUGCAAGCUGGCCCGCUGCGGGUUGCGGGCGAUAAAAUGUGCUUUUCCGGUGCGGCCCUGGAGCGUUGGCGAGUGUCGCGUGGCCUGCGUUAAUUUUCUUUCGGUAGUUGUGCUGUAACACGUCCGCUGCUGUGAUUUCUGGGUGGUUCUUGGCACAUUCCGGUAAGUUCUGCCGCUUCUCUACGGUUCAGGCCAGAACGCAAUGGGCCGUUCGUUGCGAGUCGGAAAGGCCUUAAAGACCAUUUUAUAGGUGGCUAAAGCUGUUUUGUGGCCUGCUUUUCCUUUCCGAAUUGCCACAGAGUCGGGUCUGUUCACCAUUUCGGCCUGGGUUUUUUAAUUUUCUUUAAAUAACCAGUUGGAUCAAGGUGUUGGGGACUCAGAGGUGCUCUGAGUGCGGCUCGUCAGGUCCCAGACGACGUGGGCUCUGUUGGCUUAGAGGACCAGGUAGGAGUGAGUUGGUUGUGGUUUAGGGAAUCAGCCAAAGACUUGAGUAGGCUAGGCAUUGAAGUUUGCAACAUGAAGCCUUCCGCCUGGCCGCUUGGCAAUCAGAUAUCCAUGUGGCCUGGAGAUCUGCCCCGGUGCUCACUGUUCUCCGGGAUUUGUAUGUAAAUAUUUGCCCCAGUGAUUAAUCAGCGAAACUGGAUCUUCCCGAAAAUGAACAGUGUUUCUUGUUUUGAGACACUUCUGCCCGUGUGGGGAAAGGAGGUGUUGAUCAGCUAUAAAGAGGCAAGUGUCUCUGCGCAGGGUGUGUGUCUGGAGUGGCCGGGGGUGGUGACGGAAAGCAUGCUCUCUGCCAGCACAGCCUUGACCUACUUCGAAUUCCACCUCUGCUCUGUGACCAGUGACCCACGACAUCUUGCUGAACCCGUCUCAGCCUUGGCUUGGUCUCGGGGCACUGGGGUGUACCAUCACCUCUUGGUAGUUGGGAAAAGUAAAUGAUCUGCCUUUGGCCUCCCUGGGGACCAAGUCGGUGGUGGCAUUUGUGGCAUCCACAAGGUCUGAGUGAAACAGCCGGGAGCUGUCCUUGUCUCCCAGGGUACAGUCCGUGUGGACCUGUUUAGAACCCUCCUGGGUGUGUGGCUCUGGGAGAAGUCAGGUUCACUGAGUUACAUUAGGCUUUUGGUCUUUGUGUCAGUAAAUACACGUUUGUGUAAGAGUUUACGUAGAACACGCACUCUGAUGAGUUUUGGCAUGUGCUUGCACGAAACCGUCAGCCGUCAGGAUACUAAGAGUUUCCGUCACUGCCUAAGUUUUCUCAUCUGUACCCCUCGCCCCCAGGCAACCCCUGAUCUCUGCAUCACGGUCACGGUAGAUGGAUUCGCAUUUUCUAGAAUGUGACCUUUGCUUGAUCUGCAACACGCGAGCUCCCCGAGCCGGGCGUGUGCGCCGUGGAACCCUUGCGUUGCUCCGCUCCCCCUGGAGCCCCCAGCCCUGGCGCUGCGGGUGCUCGAAAGCAGGCCCUGUUGUCCCAGGGACUUCUGUCAUCUGGUGCUCUGAGAGGUUAUCUCAGACGGGAGAGUCUAGAGCCCUGUCACGUCUCGUGUACAUGUCACAGAGCAAGCACACGGAGGCGCGGGAGCUCAUGUGCUCGGGGGCACUCCUGUUCUUCAGCCACGGCCAACAAAACAGCGCUGCGGACUUGUCCAUGUUGGUCUUAGAGUCGCUGGAGAAGGCAGAAGUCGAGGUGGCCGCUGACCUGUUGGAAAAUCUGGCUAAACUGUUCAGUCUGAUGGACCCGAAUUCCCCAGAGCGAGUGGCUUUUGUGUCUCGAGCCCUGAAGUGGUCCAGUGGAGGAUCAGGGAAGCUGGGCCACCCCCGUCUCCACCAGCUGCUGGCCCUCACCCUGUGGAAAGAGCAGAACUACUGCGAGUCCCGGUACCACUUCCUGCACUCGGCGGACGGCGAGGGCUGUGCGCACAUGCUGGUGGAGUACUCCACGUCCAGGGGCUUCCGCAGCGAGGUGGACAUGUUUGUGGCCCAGGCCGUGCUACAGUUUCUCUGUUUAAAGAACAAAAGCAGCGCGUCAGUGGUGUUCACAACGUACACGCAGAAACACCCGUCCAUCGAGAACGGCCCUCCGUUUGUGCAGCCUCUGCUGAAUUUCAUCUGGUUUCUGCUGCUGGCCGUAGAUGGGGGCAAACUGACCGUGUUCACGGUGCUGUGUGAGCAGUACCAGCCGUCCCUCCGGCGGGACCCCAUGUACAAUGAGUACCUGGACCGGAUAGGACAGCUGUUCUUUGGGGUGCCGCCCAAGCAGACGUCUUCGUACGGGGGCUUGCUGGGGAACCUUCUGAGCAGCCUCAUGGGCGCCUCGGAGCAGGAGGGCGAGGACAGUCAGGACGACAGCAGCCCCAUCGAGCUCGACUGACCCCGCCCGGCGGCCCGCACGAAGCCGCCCCGAGCCCGGGCCCCCACGCCCGGGGGCUCCCGGUCCGCGGCUGCCGUGGCCGCGUUGGCGUCUGCGCGCCCGCCCCGGGCUGCGCCUCCGCCGCGGCUGUGCUGGCUGGGCCGCGCUGCACCUCCAGACUGACCACAAUAAAGCACGGGCCUUGCCGCGCUCCCACCCUC